AUGCGUCCUGCAGCAUCUGCUCCGGCGCUGCCGCCGGACGCUCUUUCGCCGGCCUUUCUUUCUCCUCCUACGUUCUCAAAGUUGAAUCGCGUCUUCACUGCCCCUGCGAUCUUGGCCGCCCCCCCCACAGAUGGCGCGAGAAGCGCCUCCACUGCCUCGGGUCUCUCCCCCGCCGUGGGCGCCGCUUCUCUCGCCCAGGCAGAGGCACGAGACAUCGCCCGCGCAGAGGAGGCAUUUCGACAGGCCCUGGACGAGCGACUGACCCUUUGGCGCGAAAGAUGUCUCCCGUUCAUCGGCUUGCUGAUGACUCAGACUGAGAAGCCAGCACCGUCGGGCUCCUCCUCGAGCCUUGCACCGGACUCGAAGGAUGGAGGUUCUUCUUCCUCGUCUGAUUCGGAGGCAACUGUCCUUCCAGAGUCUUUGCUCGCGCCGUAUCUCGUCCCCUCUUUGUCAACGUUUUCCGUGCUGAGUGCUGCUUUCUUACGACAGUCCGACGAGAAGAUAUCGGCGCUGUUUUUCGAGUUGUGCGUCGCCGUGGCGAGCGGCGGCUUCUCCUACUCGAAGGCGACGGACUUCCUUGUCAAGAAAGUGCUCCCGCAUGCGCUUUUCCACUUCGUUCUCAUCGCCGCCGAUCUCCGGAGAGCUGCCGCCCUGACGCAUGCAGCCACGACCAGCUCGGGGACCACCGCGCCUCUCGGCCCGACGGGGAGCGUACCCGCGAAACCUCUGUCCCCUGCGACUCUGGAGGCAGGGCCGGCACCUGGUUUAGGACAGAGGAGCUCCCCGAAAGAAGACACAGAUGCGACGCCCAGAGGGAAGGAGGACAGCUCCUGUGAAGGGGACACAGCGACUGGGUUGGGAGACGCCUCUGCGUCGUCUGUCGCGAGCGACGGACAGCACAACAGUUCAGGGAUAGCGGCGAAAGACGGUGAGGAGGGAGAUGCUCUCGCGCCAGAAGUUGUCGCGCUGGAAGCGGCUCUUCGCAGGUGUUUCUCGAAGGCCCCUUGCUCACCGGAAGCCGUGGACAUUCCAGCCUCGCUGGAGUUCAUCGCCUCAACGUUCUUCCCGCAGGCAGCCGCGGCAAGGAUGGAGACAGAAGUCGCCAAGGGCGGCAACACCGCGAGCCCGGACGCGAGAGAAAAGAGUCAAAAGACGAUUUCCGUCUCUGGGGUGCUGUCGUGCCAAGCCUCCAGUGUCUACCUUCCAGCCUGCUCGCUUCAGUCGCUUCUGCCUCUCCCAUUUCGCGCCUUGCUCCUCGACGCCGUCACUGUCACCACGGAAAUGUGUGUACACGCAGACCCGGCCAGAGUGGAGUUCCGUCGCGCACAGAGCAAUCUCGGAGCCUUUCUCCGGCUCCUCGAAACGGGGCACUUGGUGACCCCCGUGGACAUCUGCGCCUUUGGCAGCAGCAUUCGACUGGACGAUCUAGCAUGGCCUCGCUUGGCGCCUUCGGUGGGCGGAGGCCGCAAGCGCGUUCAUGAGCUCCUCAUCAAGGAACGAACAAAGCGGAAAUUCACUCUCACCGUCUAUAACUUGUGCAGGGAGAACAUUAGCUUCUACGCCAGACUCCACGCUACUCUCCUCGCCUACGUCGAAAGCCCGACUCGGAUUCCUGCGCGAAUCUGCUUGAAGGCUGUGGCUGGAAUUGUCGGCGAAGGCAGUCUGUGCCCGAGUCGAACGUUGGCGACGAUCUUGUCUGUCUACGAAGACCAUCUGUUCAGUCACAAUCAACUGCUGCCUCUCGUUUCUCUCUUCUCGCCGGAAAAACUCCUCGAAGUCCUUGUCUUCCAGCUGCAUCUGUACACGGAGUUGCGACGACAGAGAGACUUCCUGGACGAAGACGCUGCACUAACCGUUUCGCAUGCGAAUCUUUCGGGAACAUCAUCCAGCUCGGCAAGCGCGUCGGGCUCUUCUCAGCAGGCGUCUGCGUCGCCUGUGGAGAUGGGGGCUGUCGCUCGUCGUGUUCAGAACAGAGCAGCGGAGGGCCCUUCGCCAAACUUUUACCGGAUGCUUGCCCUCUUUGUGAUGAAACGAAUCAUCUCGCUGGAGGCGCUCUACCCCCACCUCCUGCCGGCAGACGCGCUGCUUUCUGCACUUUUCGAAAGAACAGCAUCGCGCUACCAAACGGCUUUGCAGGAUGCGAAGGCCGGCGUCUUGCCCGCGCCUCCGAAGCCGCAACUCUCCGUUCAAGCGCAAUUCGAACAAGCUCUCCCGGGCGUCCUGGCUGCUUGUGGGGUCGGCGGGGACUCUGGAGACACCAGGCGCGACGGCACACCGACAAACUCAGGCCCGGGGCCCAACGGGCCUGCAGGCGCCAAUCCUGGAGCUGGGCCUGGAAGCGCCGGAGGACCGAACAUGCCGCACCCGCCGUCGUCUGCGCCCUUCGGCUACUAUGGGCGCCUCCCCAUGCACUCGCCUUCUGCGGUGAAUCAGGGGGGCCCUCCUGGCUGGGUGGGGAGCCCCAGCGGGGUGAUGGGAGGGCCUUCUUUUGGCGGUGCGCCUUUCUCCUCCAUGUACGGAUACCCUCCUCCUUUGCACCAAGGAUCGGCGAAUUCCCUCUCUUCCCGGAACCCUAUGAGUUCGAACUCUCCACACUUCCCGCCAGGGCCGAACGGAUUCCUCGCUUCGGGCGCCAACUUCGGGGCGAGCGGCGCGCCGGCGGGCCAGGGCCCGCACUCCGGCGGGGCUGGGGCUCCAGGUGGCCGGGCGAACGCUGAGCGCGACCGCGAGGCGAGAGAGAAGAUCGACAAGGAGAAGAAGUCACUGGAGAAGAAGCUAGUCGAGAAAGAAAAGGCACUGCGAAACAAAGACGCUGGAAAUCCGCUCCUCGCUCUCCCUGGUGCAAGACAGUUCCUCCUCUAUGACGAACAAGGCGUCAGAUUUGCUCUCGAAAAGAUCUACGGCAUGGAGAUCGGGAAGUUCCAACUCCUUGCAGCGUUCUUCGACUUCAACGGCACAGUCUUUGCUCACCAGCUUCUUCUUCACUUUACGGCGAAACUGCAUGUGAAUCCCUGCCUCAAUGGGGCGGUGCAGAAGAGCCUUGCAAGAUACAUCAACUGGCUCCUCGGGCCGCUUUGCGCUCGGCGACCUCAAGACUUUUUGGGGCUCUACCUGGCGAAGGCGCGGUCGAACUCCGGCGCGGUGCCUCUUCAGUCUGAAGGAGACACGCUCCGCGCGCUGAGGCCUCUCUGCAGAGACGCUCAAAGGUGCAGUCCCUCUCUGUGUGCGCCGGAGCCUUACUGGCUAGGGGCGGUCUUGAGGCGAGAGGGCGAGAAGGCGGAAGCCGGCGAAGGCGAGAAGGAAUGUCCCUUCCGAGAGGCCAGCCCAGGGCGAGAGACUGCCGGAGGAGACAGAGUGAAGCACGAGCGGGAAGAGAGCGAGUCGGCGACUGCCGGAGAGAACCGAGGAGAAGCGAAGCCGAUGAAGCGCGUGAAGAGGGAGAGAGAAGAGAACGGGGGUGUUGUGCCCGAGGAAGCUGACGCAGGGGCGGAUGCGGGGCGCAUGCGACCGGGAACCGUUGACGCGACGACGGGGACAGGUCUAGGCAGAGAGACUGGAAAGCGAGGAGAGAGAGACGAAGCGAGACGAAAAGAAGAGCAUGGAUUCGUCGGCCUCGCUCCUGCGGAAACCUACGACGAGUUCUUCCUUCAUGUUCUGCCUCUCUUAAGCUACUUGGGCGCGUCGCUCGCGUUCGACACCCAUCUCUUCUCUAGCGUCUUAUCGGUGUUAGCAGGCGUCGCUGAAGAGGAACAAGAGAACAGAAAGCGAAGACAUGCGGGGUCCGAACAGCCGCGAAGAACGCAGCUGGACGACGUUCUGGUCGAGUUGGUUUUCCCUGCUCUUUCGCAAGUGCCAUGCGGAGCGAGCGUCUUGAGCGCAAAGGUUUGGGGCAUUCUGGAGCGUCUCCCAGCCUCGCGCCGCUACGCGAUCUACACCCGUGUCAUGGAUGCCUGGCUCUCAGAAGAGUCUCACCCCAUGACCCUGAACUACGAAGUCGUCCGCGUUCGCCUGCGCAAGUUGUUGAAGCGUCUGACGUCGACGAUCUUCGAGGACCGACUCAAGGCGAAGGAACGAACUCUACUGUCCGAGAUCAGCGCGCUGUCUCGGAUCGCACCGGGUCCCGUCGCUGACCUUUUUCUCCACCAGACGGAUUUGUUUGACGACAACAUGGUCAAGACGCUCGCGGAGGCGGCUCGCUCUCUCGCACCCCUCGCAGCCGACAUUUUUCUUUCGCGGUUCAUCCACCGACAGCUGAGUCGCGAGGCCGGCGACAGCAGCUCGGCAGCAGCCAAGGGUAAAGGCGGCCUGGCCGGGGACGUCUGCGGCCCGCCAAAGCAACUUGUCAACCGCGCGGCUCUCACGGGACGCUUCCUGAAAAUUCACCACACGACCGAUCUUCAGCCGCUUCUCGUGUCGACGAUUCUCCGGCUAUGGCGAGACUUCGACAACUCGCAGGUGCUGUCUCCUCUGGAGGCGAAGGACGACCAAAGAGAGGGAACGAGAAGAUCUGGAGGCGUUCCUCGACUUGUAGGCGAGAACAGGAACUACCCUGGAGAUCUCCUUGGCUUCUGGCGCGACAAGGAGUACAUCGAAAAACUCGUGGAACUCAUGGGAGAUUGCCCCAAGUUGCCCGAAGCCGGCGCCUUGACUGCCGACCAAAUCUACGCUCAGGGAGGGGGCCCGUUGCUGAAGGCGGAGGUGAUGCUAGCGGCGGAAGAUGAUCCCUCUGCGUUACCUCGAAAUGGAGAAGACGAAGACUCUUCACUGUCAACUGACCGGCGAGGUGCGUGCCCGGCUGCUCUGGCUUUGCGCGCGGCGCUAAGCAAGAGAGACAUCUUCACGCCUCUCCUUUUCAUUCUGGCGAAACAGCGCGUGGAGGUUUUUUACGACGGCGAUUACGCGCGGUCUCUGCGUAGUUUCGGUUCGACGUUCGACGACCUUCAGACCUACCACCUGCAACUUGUGGACUUCCUCUCGCGGUUCGUGUCGCCUUCGAAGGAAACCUAUGCCUCGCUGCUUCCGUCUGUUCGAGAAAUCUUUGGGCGCUUCGAGCCCGCGAUGGCGUGGACCAUUCUGCGCCCAGGGCUCCCCGAUUUUCUCGAGGGCCUGCCGCGAGAUGCACCCACGAGCAAGGCUCGCGAGGAGACAAAGGGGACAGCCCGAGACAGGCCGCCGACCGAGGCGGCUGUGGACACAGGAGACAAAGAAGGCAAGACGAAAUCUUCGCGAGACGCGACAAAGAACAAUGAAGUUCAACUCACACACGCUUGGCAGGCGAGCGUGCGCCCGACGGUGGAGGAGUAUUUGGCGGAGAAGCAGCUGAACGGCUUGUCGAUGGACUUCUUCCUUCUCUUUUGGAGGUUGUCUCUGGGCGACAUCUUCGUUCCCGAUCGACAGUAUGAGGCUUGCCUGGCGCGUCUCGAUGCGGGGGUGAAGCAGAGUUCAAAGGCCCUUGAAGACCUCGACAAGCAGCGACGGUCGACGGCGCGAGCCACCGAGCAGCAGAAGCGCGCCGAGGAGCCUCUCAAGGCUCGCCUAAGUCGCCUGCAGCGAAGACACGAGGCCCUCCAUGCUGAAUGGCAAGAACACAAACGUCGCUUCGACGCUGUUCGAAACGCGCUCCGUUCUCUCCAAUCUCUCGAUUGGUUCGGCUGUCUCGCCCCUUCUUCACCUGCAUCUUCGCCUUCUGCGGCUUCUCCGUCGUCCAAGAAAAACGCGCGGGGAGCAGCCGCCGGGGAGACGACGGAGGCGGGAGAUGGUGUCUCUGCGUUUCUUCUGCCUUCGGACGAGAAGGAGAAUCAGGAGGCAGCGAAUGCGAAGGACGCGUCCGAGGAGAGGAAAGGCGUCGCCGAAGCUGCGAAGGCAGAGGCGGAGGCUGCCGGGUCGGGAAGGAGUGCGAAAGCCAAGGGCGAGGCGACACCUGAAGAAAGAGAUAGUGACAGAGAGCUAGAGGAAGACGUGGAGAUGGACGACGACCUCGUGGAGUCGAAACCUGACGCGGCUCCGGAGGCCGUUUUCCGAGCUUCUUCUUCUGGCCUGUCAGGAGUGGCGGACGGAACCAGAGUGGCAGAGACCUUGCCUGCAACUCCAUGCACGCGAAAAGGUGGACCUUUGGCGGUUCAGGCGUUUGUGAAAUUCCUCUUGGCACCGCGUUUGUUGAACGCGGAAGUCGACGCGCUCUUCUGCUCCCAUUUCGUCUUGCUUCUUCUCGAGCUCAAGGUGCCCCUCUUCAACUACCUGGCUUUCACCAACGUGUGGACCAAGAUGCUCACUCCUCUCGCCAGGUGCAGCACAGUUCGGGAAGCUCAGCUGUUGGGGCUUUUUGUGAACGAAAUGCUGGCGCCUCUCUCGAGAUGGCUGAAGAACGAUAAGGUCUUUGAAAAGGAGACAGGCGGGAACAGCUGCUUCGGCCGCACAUUCCGAGAAAGCGCGAGUAUCCCUGCGGCGCAACUCGAGAAGGGCGCGAAGAAAUGGGAGUCUAGAAUCUUCGAGAGUCUCGUCCAGGGUCUCCCAGACCCGUCCGCAACGACGGCUUCGUCAGCCUCGCCUUCGCAGUGGAUGGCGGCAAAAGCCGUGGUGGUCUUCCUCUCUCGGUGCCAUGCAAACUUUCCUCUCUCGUACAAACGUGGCGUCGAACUGAUGGCGCGUCUCGAACACCUUGUUGAGCUCGCUCAGGCUUGGGGCUGGAAGGACGUGAGUCUGUCUGCGAGCAGCAUUUUGAAGACGCUGGACAAGUAUCGCCGAGAGCGGACUUGGUAUCAGUCGCCAGCGGAAGUCGAGAAGGCAUCGACUGCUGCGGCAAGCGCGUCGAAAGCGGGAGCCUCGUCUGCGCUGCCUGCCAAGGGCGGUGCAAAGAAUGCGCUGUCUGUUUCGAUGGCGGGCGCCAACAGUCAUCGCCACGCUUCUUCUCCGCCUCUGGCUGCCACCAAGGACGGUGGGUCUUCUGGAACUGGAGGUGCAGGCUCUGGGGACGGUAAGACCGGCUCCGCCUCAGGGACUGCCAGCCCCCGGAGCCCCGCAAAGUCGCCUUCGGUUUCCCGAGACGCAGCCGUGUCGAAGACAUCGCCACCAGGACGAGGAAAGUCCAACUCUUCGUCUUCGUCCGCUGCGUCGAAUUCUGUCUCAUCGACCCCCAGGCCGAAGGCGCCUGCCGCGACGUCGUCGCUCGGGGCUUCGAGGCCUAAUCCGCGGGUCCCCGAGCCGCUGAAGAAGGCCGCGUCUGCCUCUGCGGGAAAGGCCCCCGACACGGAGACAGGUGUCUCCUCGGCGGGCCGAAGCGUCUCCGAAGGCAAGGGCCCGGCGGAGGGCCGCAGCCGCGACCAGAGCGAGGAGACGAGGAAACGGGAGACAGGCAACAAGGGCUUGCCGGGGCCAAAGCGCGAGAAGGGUCCCCAAGGCGAUGGGGAGCGGCGCGAAGAAGCAAAGUUGGCAAGGCCCACGGGAGAGGAAGCGACGACGGCGAGAGGCAAGGACUGUCCGGGUCGAAGGUCGAGAAGCCGUACCAACAGUCCUGGCGACCGCGAGAGCAAGCGGCAAAGACGCGAAGAGGCGAACGAGAGUGACAAGGCACAGUCCGAAUCGAAGGGGACCAGAGGGAGAAGUGCGUCUGUCUCUCGGAGAGAAGAAAACAAGGAGCCCCUGCGAUCUGAGGGUGCCAAGUGUAGUAGAGGAUCCGGUCUUCCCUCUGCGGCUGAGUCGUCUUCUGCGAAGAAGGCCGGCGGAAAAGACACCAGCUCCAGUGAUCAGACUCUGGCGUCGAAGGGAGGGGCUGUGACGGAGAAGUCUGAGGCGGGCGAGGAGAGAUCAAACAAAAGCAAAAGAGAAGAAAGAGAGAAGGAAGGCGCUGCAAGUCUCCCGCUCGGGCCCCGACACGACGGCGAGACCACGCACAAGGAGGACGAGGCGCGAGAGAAGAAAGGCUCUGCGGCAAGAAAGAGGAGACCCCAGGACGACAAAGAGCCGACAUCGACCUCUGGCACUUCCGCAAGUGAGAAUGCGGGUAAACACGAGAAAGUCGGUGUUUCGGGGGGACGUGACCACGGCAGUUUGGGGCCUUGGCGGUCUCCACCGCGAGGGAAGAACGGCGCCGGAGGCGAGGGAGGAAAGGCGGCGGACGAGAAACCUGCCACGAAGGGAGACUCAACCGAGCCGACAGGCGAGGCCCCUGAGAAGAAGAAGCCCGCCCCUCGACUCAGUGUGGGCGCGUCGCGGGUCGACCACCGAGGGGACACUGGCUCUCAGAAGUCCGGAAAGAAAGAAGAGACACAGCGAAAACUAGGCGGCAAUCAUCCUUCGCUGUCUUCCGCCUCGUCUCGUGGGGGAUCCGGCGGUAGCCGAGGCGACAGAGCAGGCGACGCAGCCGCUUUCGGAUUAUCCGCUUCGAAGCCCCAUCCUAAAUCGGGGACCAGCGCCCCGCCGCCGUCAACUGGGCCUCAAAGCCAUCACGCCUCGUCCAGCGGCGGUCCCCAAAACCCUCUGCCCGGAAGCGGAGACAGAAUCGGAGGAGACAGAGGCUCCAGUGGGAGAAACAUGUCGUUCUCUGGUCCCCGUCGUUCUUCUUCCGCCUCAGGCGCGAAUCAAGGGGGGCGCCCCGGCGGCCCUGGAGAGGGCCCCGUGGGCGCGGGUGGGCCUCCCACCAGCAAGUGGGGAGCAUCUGGGCCGGGUGGCCCUGGAGCUGGGGGCUCGGGUCACUCCCACCAUGGGUCUUCCUUCUCCAUGCCGCCGCCUCCCUCGUUCUCUGGACACAAUCACAAUUCGCAGCACGGGGGCGCUAUGCGCAACGUGAACGCGUACUCUGGCUCUCAGUACUCAGGAGGUUCCCAUGCCUUUGGUCCCCACAACCCGCAAAGCUCAGGGGGUAUGCAGGGACAGGCCAUGGGCAUGGGGGGCCCCAGCGGGCCUCAGGCCCGCAACGCCCUCUUCGGGCCAUCCAAGGGGCAACACUCCCACAGGGCCGGCGGGGGGUCCCAGUCUCACCACAGGUCUGGUCACCAUCAACGGUGAACAGUCGAAUCGAAGGACGACAGCCGGGAAGUCAAGUACGAAGUGGACACACGAAAGAGAAGAUGGAGAGAAAAGGAGAGACGAACAAACGGAGAAUAAGCAGAAGAUGGCAUGUACAACGGGAGAAGAGGAGAAUGCCGCGUGGCCUCAGCGGAGGGCAGUCUCCUCACUCGUUGUUGGAGAGCGUAGACUUGACGCGACGGAGUGGCGGUGAAAGAGGAGAGUCAUUCUUGCCAUCGGAGAUCUAAGAGUCUGUCGCUCAUGGGCGAGCACGAAAAAGCGAGUCUGAAGCUGCCGCGUGUUGGGUAAUGUUUUUUCUUGUCGAGCUCGUGCCUGGGGACCUCAAUUCAUCUCUUCUGGCCCGUGAUGACCAGCUGGCGUUCACGUGGAGGGGGCUGGCAUCAGGGAGAAUAGGAGA